CGAUCGAGUCUUAGUCAGACUGAUACAUACCUAAGAUAGCUAAUCAGCACGUGCGAUAGAUGCUCGUUUCCGCAUCAGUUGGCCCCCAACAACAUGACGCCCGUAUCCUGUUUCAAGGUCCAAGGGAGGGAGGCUCCAACUUGAUUUGAAAUAUCAUUGAUAGAAACGGCAACAACUACGCUGCAUACCCAGCCAUCUCGCAGCCAUGCAUAUCAGCCAGCUAUACACUUACCCUAUCAAGUCGAUUCGUGGGACGGCCCUCUCGUCCGCUACCGUCACCCGAACAGGCUUUCUCUACGAUCGCCGGUUCAUGCUCCUGAAGGUCCUUGACGAUGGCACCUUGAAGAACAUGCAUGUUCCACACUUCCCAGAAAUGUCCCUUUUUCAAGCCGAGAUUGUCCUCCCUAGCGAGGAUGGUACGGAACCAGGACAGAUUAUAGUGACCUUCCGGCCAGCUGCGAGCGAGACCCUCAGUGAUAAUAAUGGCACCAAAUCAACCCGCACCCUCCACCUCCCCCUUUGUCCUGACACGCGGCAACUGGAAGAGCUGGCCAUCGUGAUGCAUCAGAGCCCCACGAAGGGGUAUAAUAUGGGGGCGCAAUAUAAUGAUUGGUUUAGCGAGUGGUUCGGAUACCCCGUUGUGCUGGCCUACCUGGGACCACAUUCGAGGCGGGUUCUCGGGAGUUUCGAGCCCUCAAAAAGUGCAGCGCAUGCGGGGGUGAUCAAGCAAGAAACCACAGGAAAGCCAAAAGGAAAGAAAAAUGAUGCGAACAUGCUCACUGCGGGGACGGUGGUUGGGAUCGCUGGGAUGACCCUUUUGUUCAAUCUACUAGUGGGCUUGAGUACGACGGGCGCACAGAAAAUACUGUCGAUGUCCAGCGCGGCAGCGGUGAUCGUGUUGCUGAUGGUUAUGCUUGCUGGAAAGGCUAUCUAUGAUCGAGUCGGUGCAAGAGGGGAAGAAGAGGAACGCAUCACAUUCGCGGAUACGGCCCCGUAUCUGCUAGUGUCGGCGACAUCGGUGGACAACGUGUCGGAGCGGCUGGGAGGGGGCCUGGACAUGGAUGUCACCAAGUUCCGCCCAAACAUUGUUGUGGCUGGCGCAGAAGAGGCCUUUGAGGAAGACUUCUGGGCGGAGAUGGUCAUUGGGUCUGGCGAGGAAGGAAAAGCGCGGCUGCUGCUGACAGCCAACUGCGUUCGGUGUCAGAGUCUGAAUGUCGACUAUGCGACGGGCGCGAUGGCACAGGGGGAGAUGGGCAAUGUGUUGAAGAAAUUGAUGAAAGACCGUAGGGUCGACAAAGGAGCGAAAUUUAGCCCAGUCUUCGGUCGGUAUGUCUUCCUCGACGGUGAGUCGGAGGGUCAGACAGUGCAGGUGGGUGACGAGGUGGUCGUCACUCGACGCAUGGAUGAACGAAUGGUGUACGACUGGCCCGGGUUGACCAAUUGAGAUCAAGGGGGUUGGGCACGAGAUACGAGAUGGAGUAUACUGUAAGGGAGGUGGAUGUGGGACAAAGACCCUAGUCAACAAGUCAACAACAAUGCACCGCGGAAGAUCUUGUUCCGGUUCCUGGGAUGGGCAGUCCCAUGGUUGAAGCGGCCAACUGGCUUGGAUACUGCUGGUACUGGUAGGUUCCCUCAUCAAUGACAUUGUUUAUUACAAAAAUAUACAGCCCAUCC